AUGCAAAUCGAGAUACCUGACUUUGAUGAUGAUACACCAUUCUUACCAACAAGUUCAUUUGGUACUCAACAAAAUCAAUUCAGUGCUUCUUCUUUCUCACCUUCAACUAACGAUCAUCAUGAAAGAGAUGGUUCAAGUUCUUCAUCAACUCAUCAUCAUCAACAACAACAAUCUACUCUCUUCUCAUUCACUUCUCCACUUCAAUCAUCUUCACGUCCAUUCGGUGGUCAAUCUCAUCAACCAUUUCAUCUUAUCAAUCAUCAUCCAAAUCAUCAUCAUCUUACCAAUUCUAAUUUAAAUUCAACUACCUUGGAUCAUGAAAUCAGAACUAAAAGCAAUUUAAAUCAUCAUCAACUACAUGCUUCUCCAACCAGUCCAAGUCCUAAUAAUUCUCAAUUACAUCAAAACUUACUCACCAGAUCUGGUCCACCAAGAAAAUUAUCAGUGGCAAGUCUCAGAACGGGUGUUGCACUUAAAUCUUCUAAUAAUAAUCAUCAUCUUGAAAACUCUAGAUUACAUCGUAAUAACAAUCCAAUCGAUCUUCUCAAUACUUCAAUCGGUCUUUCUUCUCCUUUUUCUCCAAACAUCAGUCCUGGUACUUCUACUACUCAUCAUGGUAGAUCUCCUAGAAGUAGAAGUGAUACCACUACUACUAGUACCACUCAUUCGGCUAACACUUCAAAUGGUGAAGCUCAUUCUCCACUAGAGGUUGCAAUUUACUUGAUCAUGGAUCGAUUUUUUGAAGAAUGUGAAAUUAAACUUGGUCAACUUUUAGGAAAAGCAAUUCCUAUUGCGAAUGAAGAUGAUUUUUAUAUUCCAGGUUGGAUUGGUCAAGGUGUUGAUCCAAGUUUUGAUGCAACAUUCGAUUCACUUGCUCAAGUUUCUCGAAAGAAUCCAAAUCAAGUGAUUAAUUUUGUCAUGAGAUGGAAAUCUAGACAAGGUGAAGGGAUUGAUGAACAUUCAAUACAACGUGCCAUAUCAUUGGGAUCGGUCAUGUUUUUGAAUAGAUUUAGUGGUGAUAAUACUACCAAUCCUCGUCGAGUUGCAGCGGUCUUGGCCGAACGAAAAGGUUUGGCACUUGUUUACUUAUUAUGUAGAGCAUUGAUUGCUAUCGUUCAAGGUGUGACAAGAGAAAGUUUAGGUGAAGAGUUGGGAUCUCGUAUAGAAGAGAUUGUCUUUAAUUCGAUUAAGAAUGCGGAUACAUCUCCUAGUUCUCGAAAUCCUAAUAAGCAAGCCAAUAUGAAUAUGUUUGCUCAGCUGUUAGGGGCACUAUCCAACAUACGAUUUGCAAGUGUGAGUGAUAGGUUUGCAAGUGAGAUAGACCUCACCAACCGGGCAGCAGCGAUCAAAGAUCAAAAAGAUUCCGAAACCAGGCUAGGCUUCUUAAUCAGAGGUGUUCAAUAUCUCAAAUUAAAAGUUUAUCCAUUAGAAGCUUUUGAAGAGACUGCAGAAUUUAUUGCGGCCUUUGCUAUUAUCUUUGAAGGAUCAAGAGGUUCAUUUGUCAAGACUGCAAUGGCUGAGACGUUGAAUCCUUUAUUGGCUCAAGUGGUUCAGUCUGCAACUGCAGAAGUUAAUCAUCCGGUUUGGAACAAAGCAAUCGUCACCAUCUUUAAUAAGGCUCAUUCAAUGUCCGAUAAGCCAUCCAAAGCAAGGUAUUGGAAUGCGACAGUCCCUUUGAUCUGUUCUGUAGUCGGUGCUGCCCCUCAAGAUUUCCUGCUAGCAAAAUGGCCAGAAACGAUUGAUUGGUGCUUUGGCAAGCUAAAGGAGAAAACCACUCGUCCGACCAUGAUGCUCGGAAUCGUCCAACUUGUCUGGGCUUACCUUCGCCGAGUUCGAGAAGGCGCUUCUGCCUUGAACAAACGACUUGAACCUAUUCUCAAGUCAGCCUUUCCAGCCGAUCGGAAGAAUGUAUAUCCAGCCGAGGUCUCGCUCGAUACGUUUGCCUCAUUGAUCCAUUACAUCUUACACUGGCAACUCGAAUAUGGUAGUGAUUUUACUCUGAGAACACUACUGACGGGAUCAUCUGACUCCGGAGAAAGUGGGAGCGGCUUAGUCGCCCAGGCUGGAUCAGAUCGGAUCACGAUCGGUAUCACUGCUACUUUGCGAGCCCUUACAUCAUUGGAAGCAGGCGAAGAUCCGCUUUACCCAGUAGUUGAACCUCAGAACGGCACGAAAUCUCAUUCAUCCUCAUCUCAUUCACUCCAUCAUUUUCAUCCUAAAGAUCCUGAAACGGAUUGUAAGGAUGGGAUGGCCUUGAAGCCAGAAACUCUAGAAAGACCUAGGAUCAAAGCUUUUGUUGAUGCGGUGGGUACUAAAGUUCUUCAAAUCGCUGCAUAUUGUGAUCGAACUUUGGCUACUUAUACCCUCACCAAUGAUAGGUAUAUUGCACCUUGGCAUGAUAGUAUUGCUCAAAGAGCUGAAACUUUAGAUAGUGCAAUGGUCAUCAAACGACAUGGCUAUUUUGCUGUAGAAUAUCCUAGACAUGUCCAACGGCUCUUUGAUGUGCUUCAAACUUGUUUACAAGCAUGGCCUAGGAUCUUAACCUCUUCUACUGCAGAUUCAGCUGCACUCGAUAUUCUAUUCCGCGGUCUGAUCUCUUUGGAUGUAGGUGUGACAAUUGCGUCUAAGUUGGCACUUCGAAGAUUUGUAGCAUCAGAUAAAUCGUAUAUGGUUUUACAGAAUUAUACUAGGUUUUUGGCUAAACCGGAAUUCUUUUUUCGAUCUAAACCACAAUUACAAAAAGGAUCUGAUAAUAAAGUGGAAUCAUUAGUCAAAUUUUGGGUUGAAGUGAUGUCUACAUGGUGUGAUCGACUUAGGAAAUUGGCUAGUGGUACAGAUGAUGAACAAACUAAUUCGAUCUUUGGUGGAGAAGGUCUUAAAUUUGUUUCUCAGAUGGAAGCUACUAGCUUAGUACUUCUUUGUUCGAGAUCUUCUUCUACUCGAAAAUCGGCGCUAGAUGCUUUACGGAUCACUGGGACGGCUCGUACGAUCAUUCAAGACUCUGGAUUGAUCACCACACCGAAAUCGAUCAACUUUACGAGGAAUAAUAGUGUGGCUAAUGUUUUAGAUGAAGCAGAAAGAUACUUGUUUGACACUAUCUUACCUGAUGAUCUUCCUAGUACGGAAAAAACUCGAUUGUUGAAAUGGAAAAAACAACGUAAACCUGGUAGUAGUGAUAGUCUGAUCCGUCUAUUGGAAAGUGAUAAUCCUGCAGACAUGACUUUGCUUUGUAUCGCACUUUCCUCCAUCUUUAGUACGGCUUUAAAGUAUCUGCCUCAGACUAUGGUACAUGCUCGAACAUUACUAUACAGUCAACUUCAAAGAAUUUAUCCUCUCGCUUCUGAUGCUGCUGGCGUUGGUGGUCGAUCGACUGUUAAUGGAAAUGGACCCAAUCCGGGAUGGGACGACCGGAACUUACUCACCUCGUGGUCUUCACUUCUCAUCAGCUUGACUAGUAUCACUACCUCUGCCGAUCCGAAAGUGGGUAAUCUUAGUACUGGGAUCGAUAACUCAUCCAUCGCACAGCAUAGUAAUUCAACCCGAGAGAGAAGUAUCUCACCUGGAGAAGAUUUGAUCAAGACCCUCGUGCCUUUCUUAACAUCAGAUCAAUCUACCUUCCGAGAAGCAACAAUCAGAGCAAUGAGUUGUAUUCAUGUCUCAAUGUAUGAAACUCUUCUUGAUGGCCUCUCUGGACUUGCUCAUCAUCUCACUAGUGAACGUAAAAUGAUUGAAGCACAAAAAGAUCGAUCAGCAAGACCUAAUGGGACAGUGAAGAUCAUACGAUUAUUUUCAGCUAUAGGAAAAUUACAUGAAAGUACGACCAAGUUUUUAUUUCAUUUAGAUUUCAAUUCAACAGAUAGAUGUAUUGAGAUCUUAGUUAGAUUUAUUAAAGAAACUUGUUUAUUUUUAAAAUCAAGACAAAGUAUGGAAGAUUUCUUAACGGUUUCGAUUAGGAAAUCAUUUUUAAUUUUUAGUGAAAGGGUUUUUAAAAAGAUUGGAUUAAAAGAUUUCAAUCAUGAUUCAUCAUCUGGCUCGACUUCUUUAAUUACUGUUAAGAUUCAUCAAGUCUUUAAUCAUGAAUUAGUGAUUGAUAUAUUUAAUUUAGCAGAAGACUGGAGUACUAGAUUAGCUUCUAGUAGUAGUACUACUCAUCAUCCUAACCCUAGUGGUUUAGAUCCACGUGUUUCUAGAAUUAAUUCGGCUACUAGUAGGAAUAAUCCACCUAUUAAGGGAAGGUCACCUUUGGCUUCAACUUCAACAGGUAGUGGUGAAUUGCUUUUGCAUUCGGCGACUAUGAUCGCAACUCUUUGUGAAACUGCAUUAGACUUUCGGUCUUCUAGUGGAUCCCCGCAACGACCUGAGACUAGUCGAGAGCCUACGACUAGUGCUAGUCGUAUGCUGAGAUGGAUCACCGCUCUUUUUGAGAAGAAUGAUGCGAAAGUUCAUGCAGAAGCCAGACGAGCAUUUGUUGGGGCGUGUAAGAGAACAAGCGAUCCAGAUGGUCUUUUGGAGAAUGCACUCACGCUUUGUUGGAAUGAAUCUGAUUGCUGGCCUUUGGAGCAGACGUUAUUUGGGAUCAUGUGUAGUACGCUGAUAUGUGAACCAAGCUUACGACUUCGAGAAGAAGCUAUCCUUGCAUUAUGUUUAUCUCGAAUCUCACAUCCUGAACUGACUACUCGUCAAAGAGCUUUGGAUGUAUUGAAAUUCCGUUGUCUCUCUGAUAUCACACCUCAAUGGCUAUCAGAAAUCGAAGUUGGAAUUCAAAGUGCAUUUGCAGGACAUCACUUGGUUUCUCAAACUUUACUUUCAAAGGCUAUCUCUGAUAUGAAAACGAUCGAUCCAUCUUGCUUUAUUGUCGAAGUAGGCAAUCGGAUCUUACAAGUGGAAGCUCUGAAAGCACGACCACUAGUACGAUUGAUGCCAACUUGGCUAGCUCAAAUCAAUCUCGCCCCUGCAGUUUGUGAUAUCGGUUCUUCAAAAGUGAAAAACCUUCUUAGUAUCGUCUUACUAGUUUCGUCUCAAUUUGUUGAACAUCAACCCGAGGCAGUUAGCGCGAUCUGGCUUUCAUUUGCCGAUGCUUCACCUCUCAAUACUGCAGCUAUCAUCACCUUUCUGUUAGAUGAAACUAAACGUCGAGGUCUUCCUGCAUUUGUUCGUCUCUCUCGAACGAUCUUGUCUUCGAUGACAGAGAAUACGGGACUUGAAGUGGUAGCACGAGAUUUGGUUAACACUCUACAACCGGCCAAAUUACUAGCUCCUCAGGAUCCAGCUCCACUCGAUUCUGGGAUCUUACCCACUCGAUCCAAUGAUCUCGAUACUCAUUUUCCUCAACUUCCUUCUCGUACGGUCAUGUCUCAUAUGCAAGCUGCGAUUCUUUUGUUGGGUGAAGCAAUGGUACUGAAACCGUUAGGCUUGGCAGAUCGUUUAUCAAGCGUGGUACAUGCCUAUGUAGUCCAAGCUGAUCAUACCAAUAUCACCUUACAAGCACAGAUGCGAGAGGUCUUGGUACGAUAUGUGUAUAUGUUAAGAAGGAUGCAACAACAAUGUGAUCAAAGUACUACAACACCCAACCGAUCACUUCCUUUAAUCAAUCCAGAAGAUAAAGAAGCAUGGAGAUCGUUUUGGGAUUUUGAGGAAACUAGUUCAUCAAGAAGACAUCGAAAGAUCUUACCCAGAAAUUUAGAACAUUUAGUUGAAGAGAUCAGUCAACUCACCUCUUAUUUCAUCACUGAUUUUUGUCAACAAUGGGCUAAAGUGGCCAUCGAAUGGGCUACCCAAUGUCCAGUAAGACAUGUAGCUUGUAGAUCAUUACAAGUUUUAAGGAUCUUGGGAUUACCGGUGGAUUCGAAUUUGUUGGCUGAAUUAUUGAUUCGACUUUCGAAUACGGCUUCAGAUCCAUCACAAGAGGUUCAAUUGUUUGCAUUAGAAGUUUUAACGACUUUAUCAGUCUCAGUUAAAGUUCAAAACGUCAAUCAAACUCCAUUUGCUCAAUUGUUUUGGACAGGUGUCUCGUGUUUAGAAACGUGUAAUGAAUUAGAGUUUUUAGAAGCCAUCGAAUUACUUGGAUCGAUUUUAGAACCAUUGGAAGAUUCACAUUGUUUUGAUAUUGAAGGAUCUAGACCGACGAGAUGGUUAGCGGAUGGAGGACCGAUUCGACAAGUGGUGAUGAAAGGACUUCGAUCUUCAUCACUUUGUCAAUCUUCUUGGUCUUUGAUUCGACAAUUCUUAUCGUUACCUGAGAGUUGUCAAAUUGUAGAUUGGGUGAAUGGAGGAUGUGCAUUACUUUAUUCAGCUUGUUUACCUUGGUGUUUACAUAUUCUUGAAACGGGGAUCAUGCAAUAUGAAAUGGAUGAUAUUGCGAUCAGAUUAGCUCAUUUAACUUCUUCAAUGGGAAUGGAAGGAUUAUCUAGAGUGAUGAUUUCAUUUGCUAAACGAAGGUUUCGAACGAAUGAUGAUUUUUUGAAACAAGCCAUUAAUGGGAUUCGAGAAUAUUUUUUACCUUUGUUUGGAAAUGAGAUAUUAAUUUUAUAUUUUGGAUUCUUAUUGAAUCCAUUAGAUUGGAUUAAAUCCAAAACGUUGAUCGUACUGAAAGUUUAUAUUAAAUUGAUGGAUUUAAAUUCGAAUGAGAUCUUGGAACUUGGUUAUGAUCUUUUAACACCGGUCUUAAACCUUUUACAAACUAAUUUAUCUUUACAAGCUUUAGAAAUCUUAUCUGAACCGAUCCCUAUCAAAGGAAAAUCGAAUUUGAUUGGAAACUUUAAUGGGAUUGGACAUCAUCAUCAUCAUUAUCAUCGACAUCGAACUACUCAAGAUCAAUUAGGUAAAAAGGUUUUUGGGAAUCCAGAUGAGACAGGAUGGUGUGUGGCCAAUGGAAAUGAAGCUUUGAAAGAAACUAGGAUGAGGUUAGUAGAAGUGAUUGAAAGUUUUGGUAUGAAUCAAACUUUGUUUGAAACUUUAAAACGAUCGUCGGUGGUUGAGUUUACAUAUGAAUGGGGCAUUGAAGUCGAUUCGAAUAUCGAUCAUCAAACUCAAUCUGAUCUAGCAGAGACGAAUGAAAGUUUUGGUGAGAUGGUUUCAACUUUACAUGAUCUUUCGGAUUUCUUUGGUCAAGAUGGAAGUCAUGGAGGUGUAGGGGGAGGAGGAGGAGGAGGAGUGAAUGGAACGUCAAAUUUGAUGAAUGAGUCUAGGAUCUCAUCUCCUUUGAAUCCUUCGACGGCUAGAGUGGCGGCGAUCCUUUCACGUUCGUUGAGUAAAAGAAGAGCUAAUCGACCUAGUUUACAUGUUAGAAAAGGUAGUAAUCUGAAUGAAGGAUUCGUUCAAACUACUCCAACUACUACUGUCAUACCUACUACUAGUUCUACUACUCAUCAUCAUCCUCAUCAUCAAGUUAGUUUGAACUCUAGACCAGGUAGUUUGGUAGGAAGUACAUCUUAUUCUGAAUCUUCUUCUCCUUCUCAUUCUAAUCAUCUUGAUUAUUCUCAACUACAUCAUCCCAAUCAUCAUUAUCGAACAUCUGUUUCGACUGAUUAUGAUGAUAUUGAUGAAGAAGAUGAUGAUGAAGAAGAUGAAGAAGAAGAAGAAGAAGAAGAGGAUGAUGAAGAUGAUGAGAUGAUUGAAGAGAUUGGUGGAAGUGGAAGUGGAUUAGUGGGAGAAAAUCGAGGUGGUGGUCAUGGUGGUAGUGGUAGUGGUAGUGAUGAUAGUCUUGAGGUGUUUGGAUUGGAUUUAGAGGAUGAUGAUCAUCCAUCUCAUCAUCAUCAUCAUCAAGAAAAUCGUCAAGAAGAAGAAGAACAUUCAAAGAAAUCUUUGGAUAAGAAGAAUGAAUCUUUUGGGAAAAGGAAAAGUUGA